GCCUCUAGGUCAGAAUGUCCCAGGCACCACCGUGGCUGUUGGGGUUGGUACACAUGAAGGAUGAAGAAGGCUGGGCUCUGGGGGCUGCUGUGGAUGGUCUUCAUCUCAGAACUCCAAGCUGAAAAUGAAUCAAAAGAAGAAAAAUUUAUAAAAGAGGGGGAGACCCUGAAUGUAAAUUGUCCCUUCUCCACCGAGAAGUACUCCUACAGCCAGAAAGCUUGGCAGAAGCUGAUAGAUGGAAGGAAGCCUGUGACGCUGGCCUUAACAACGAGUACUUCAGGCAAUCCUAGUCAAGUCCGGGAGGGCAGGUACUUCCUAGAAGACAUCCCCAGUGAGGCCAUCCUGCACGUCCAAAUGACCAAUCUUCAAGUGGAGGAUUCAGGAUUGUAUCGGUGUGUGAUCUACUACUUUUCCAAAGAGCCGGAUGUCCUGUCCCCCCUUUUCCACGUGGUGGUGAUCAAGGAUCCUUUAAACACCACUGCCUCGGAUGAGAAUCAUACCCGGAAACUGCAGAUUUCCACCUUUCCUCCUACCACCACCAGACCCCAGGGCACACUCGUUGACAGACCCAGGACUGUGACCAAACUCCCGCCCAAAUCAACUGCUGACCUCUCCUCUCCUGGCUUUGGAGUCAACAUCACAAAUGUGACAGAUGUCACCAGCUAUGUUUUCAGGAUUCCAAGCUGUAGGCGAAGAGGAGAAACAAAAGUGACUGCUAGAUGGAGAGACCUUGACCACAGCCUGCUCUUAAAGUGUCAUGCUCUACUCCAGCCUGAAGGCCUGGCAGCGGGUGUCCCUGCCGAGAACGUGUACACUAAAGUGCAGCACCUUGAAGGGGAGACUCUGUCUGUGCAGUGCUCCUACAAGAGCCGCAAAAGCCACGUGGAGGGCAAGGUAUGGUGCAAAAUCAGGAGGAAGAAGUGCGAGCCUGGAUUCACCAGGGUCUGGACGCAGGGGCCACGCUACCUGCUGCAGGAUGACGCGAAGGCCAAGGUAGUCAAGAUCACCAUGGCGGCCCUCAGGCGCCAGGACUCGGGCCGGUACUGGUGCAUGCGCAACAGCUCGGGGACCCUGUACCCUCUGACGGGCUUCCUUCUGGAGGUGUCUCCAGGGCGAAUCUGGAGAGGAGCUGGUUUGGAGGAGAAAUACCAAGAGCUGUAUUUUGUCCUGUUAAGUUUGAGGUGCCUCCUGGAGCCCCAAGUGGGCAGCAGAUGUGCAGCCUGGAGCUCAGCCUCCGCCAUCAAGAGAAGCACUCCUCUUCCACAGCUGGCCAGUAUCCUCCAGAGUGGAAUUGUCGUCACCGAGGGCCCAGCCCCCACCUCAGGCCCCGAUGCCCCUUUCACCACCAGUGUGACAGUGCUCACACCUGGUCUCUUCACCAUGACCAGACUCGUGCCCUCCGCUGCCUCAGGGUCCAUCAGACUGACCUCCAUGACAGGCUACAGCUUCACCAGCGCUGGCUCCUCUACCAUGGGGCCCGGGAGGACCAUGGGGUCCCAGACCGUGACUGUGCCCCCCAGCGAUGCCGGAGCCUCCUCUGCCGGCCCAGUGUCUGUGUCUACCAGGGCUGGGCCCCCGCGUGCCAGAUCACCCACCACGGGAACGUGCCGUACCAGUGGGUCUCUCAUCAACAAAUUAUCCCCUGACAGGCACCAGGAUUCAUAUCCCAUUGUGCUCCUGGGGGUGCUGACCUUCCUCCCAGUGCCUGUGAUGUUGAUCGUGGUCUAUGGGUUCUGGAAGAAGAGACACAUGGGGAGCUACAGGGUGUGCGACAAUCCUGCUAGAGCCUGGAGGGACCCACUUGGAAGCCCGGAGCCUCCGUGGAAGCCUGCUUGGUCCGAGGCCACUUAACUAUGGAGUAGGAAAGCUGUUCCUGGAGGGGCCCUAGGAGGCCAGGGGAGGAUUAAGAUGGGGACCUGUGUGAACUGGAGCCAGACCGAUGCUGGACUCAGGCCCCCCCACACCCCCCCGCAGAACCAGAGGCUGCUCUUGGCCCGCUCAGACCCCUUGGGCUGCCAAGAACCUGAGAACGCUCAGAAUGGAGGGCACCAGGCCGAAAACCGCAGGGCAAGCCACCGAGGGGAUCCUGAGUCCCAGGCUCCCGCUGGGUGGCAGAGAAGCCUUGUAGAGAGCUCAGGAGCCCCUUGUAUGCAGCAGAGGGGAGCAGACGGGUGGGCCGCUGCUCUCUCCCCAUCCCGAACCCUGUGCCCUCAGCCGCCUUCUGCUCCCCUCAAGCUUCCCCACGUGCUUGGGGAGGAGAGAGUCUCAGAGGCAGCUGGUGUCUCAGGGGCCCCGCCCUGGAGGAGAAGAAGGAACAGUGACCAAGAGUUGGAGAUCCACAGGGGUUUGGCAGCAGGGGACCCCAGAGCGGCCUAAGCCCCCCACCCUUGGGGCCCCGCGCCCUCUGAUGGGCCUCUGGAUGUGCCCUGCCUUGACUGCAGUGCCUGUCCCUGAAGUCCUGGGAGC